AUUUGGCGGUUUUUCUCUGUCGAACUGCAAGUGCGCACUGUUAACCUGGCAACCACUAUUGGUUAGUGAUUUUAGCAACUCGCCUAUCCAGGUGUUAGUUUUGCUUUUGGUGGUUAAACUCAAUCAGCGCUCCUUUGUGCUUCCAAAUACAGAUAUUCUACUAAAUCUUUAGCAAAUUUCCAGGGUACUUCUGUAAUCGUAAACAUGUGUGAUGAUUCCUGGGUUAAUCGUUCUAACAUAACUGACAAGGAAAUGCUAAUUCACUUAGCUAAACUUGCAGAGCAGGCUGAACGAUUCAAUGAUAUGGCAUGCGCUAUGAAAAAAGUUACUGAGGUCUCGAAAGAACUUAGUAACGAGGAAAGGAACCUAUUUUCAGUUGCCUAUAAAAAUGUGGUUGGUUCACGAAGAUCAUCUUGGCGUGUCGUUUCAAACGUAGAGCAAAGAUUGGAGGGUAAUAAGAAGAAACAAGCUGAGGACUACCGUAAAAUUAUUGAAAAGGAAUUAAAUGCUGUUUGCAAUGAAGUCUUAGAUAUAUUAACCAAAACUCUUAUCAGCAAUGAGAAAACUCCAGAAGGCUUUGUAUUUUAUCAAAAAAUGAAGGGUGAUUACUAUCGAUAUUUGGCUGAAGUUCAAACUGGCGACGAACGAAACGAAGUUGUAAAAAAUUCGAAAGAAGCUUAUGAGGCUGCAACAGAAAAAGCCGCCAAAGAGCUUCCUCCUACACAUCCAAUACGUUUAGGUUUAGCUCUGAAUUUUUCUGUAUUUUAUUACGAGAUUGAAAACGACUCAAAAAAGGCGUGUAAUCUGGCUCAAACUGCAUUCGACGAAGCUAUUGGACAGUUAGAUCAAACAAUGUCAGACAAUGAUGCCUACAAGGACAGUACACUAGUGAUGCAAUUGCUUCGUGAUAAUCUGACUUUAUGGACAUCUGAAAACGAAGCUGUUCAGUGAUACUCUGGCCAGUGUUCAUACUGUUUUAUGUUCGAACCUAGCGCCAAAAUCGCUCUCCAUACAUCACCUAUACAUCAAAAGUGUGGUGUGAUCAAAUUUAGCGAACACUACAAAUUUUAGCUUCAAAAUACCUCCGUUAAACAUGUGUGAUAAUUGUCGUUACUAUUAUUAUUAUCAUCAUAAUCAUCCUGUGAUGCAUUAUUGUUAUUCCAGUGACCAUUUUGUGUCAAAUAUUUAACUGUAAGAUCUUUAUCUGUUUAUGUUUAAAGUCUGAUCGUUGGAAAACUGGAAAAGGAUUAAACACUUUUGUCAAAUAAAACUACAUAUCUGUUCAAUCUAUACACUUCACUUGAUUUCUUCUAUCAACUAAUAGUAUGUUAUUAUCAACAAAAAAAAUAAUUCGUUUAAUGUUCAAGUCAUUUUACCUAAAUCACUUUGAAAUUCAGAUAUCUCAUUCAUUCAUAAAGCGUCAUUUAUCUGAGCUUUUUCAUGACAACUAUCCAAUUAGUUAGUUAGUUGUCUUUUAAUCUCAAUGUUUCGACCGUAUUUUUACAUGCGUGUUUUUUUGAGCGUUAUCAAAUUUUGCAUCUAGCUUAUAUAUAUACAUAGCGUUGGAGUAAAUAGUAAAUAGUUUCGGUUAUUUUAUGAUGUUUACACGGUACUCGUCACUGGUUUUAAUGAUCGUAAACAAAUAUACAUAUAUAUAAGUAUGGGA